AUGAUCAUUUCAGAACCAGUCGUUAAUGAUAAGGAAGAGGAAGAAGUUGAAGUAGAAGAAGUGGAGGAGAUUGAAGAGGAUGAAGAAGAGGAGGAAAUUGACGAAGAGGAAGAAGAUGAGCUCGAGUGUCGGCUGAAGAUCAUCACCGACUUGAACUCCAUCAACACCACUGACUCAGGCAAUGGCUCUUUUGUGGACAGCGUCCUCGAGGGCAUCAACAGCAGCCUGGGAGCGGCGGCGGCGUCUUCAACCACUGGAAGUUUCUUUAUUCCCGGCGUCGGCAAGUCGAGGAUGCGAAAGGCGGCUGCGGCUGCAAUGCGAGCAAAUAACAAUAGACAAUCACUAACUACCAAUACCAUCAACGAAGGUGAUCAGCAAAAACGGCGAAACGAACGAAAGGAGAUCAUCUGCGAGAUUGUCGACACUGAGCUGAAGUACGGCCGCGACCUGAAGAUCAUCGCGGCGGAGUUUGCGCGGCCCAUCGGCGUGGCCGGCCUGCUGACGGCCGGCCAGCUGGAGGACAUCUUCCUCAACCUGGACGAGCUGAUCGAGGUGAAUGAGCACUUUGCCGGACGGCUGCAGGACGCCCUCGAGGAGGCCUACGAGCGAGAGGAUGAGGACCUGACCACGGUGAGCAUCGGCCAGCUCUUCAGCGAGUGCCUCCUCGCGCGGAUCUCCGUCUUUGAGCAGUACUGCAUUCGCCAGGGCUCCGCCUCGCUGCUGCUCAAUCAGCUGGAGAAGGAGAAGGAGUUGUUGCGCAUCUUUCUCCGGGUUUCGCAGAUGGAGAACACGCUGCUCAGACGCAUGAACCUGCGCUCUUUUCUCGUCGUGCCCGUGCAAAGGGUGACCAAGUACCCAUUACUUCUUAAUCGCCUACAAAAAGUGACACCUCCUAAGAAACAGCAUCAGCAGCAGCAGUGCGAACGAGAAGCGCUGCGGGAGGCGCAGGCAAAGCUGGAGUUUCACCUGGAAAGCAUCAACCAGCGGACUAGAGGUGAGGGCAUUACCGGGGCAACCUCCCGAAUCUGGCGACGCAUCAGCAACCUCAGCUCUGCCUCCAUUCGCUCUCGGGUCGGCGGUGGAGGUGUUGGCGGAAGUGGAAGCUACGGUGGCGAUUCCGCCGCCUACAUGGACGACUUUGGCUAUGUUCGACUGAAGAAGUCACUAAAUCUGGCGAUGUGCGUCGUUGCCGCCGCCGCCGAGGUGGACGGCGAUGAGCUCUUUGAGAUUCACGAGCUCGAGUCGAAGGAGUCGCUGCUGCUGAAGGGCGAAACGCACUCCGAGACGAAGGAGUGGCUAGAGCAGCUGCGCCUGCACAGCAGCGGCCUGGGCCACUGGCGACGGCGGCGGAACGCCCUGCCCAACAUUAUGCUGGGCAGUGUCGUCGAGUUGCAGCAGCAGCAGCUCUUUUGA